GGGUGCAGGCAGGAAAGAUCGUUAUCCUCUUGUCCAAAGCUGUGAACGUUUUUGACAUGCAGAGCUCUGUUGGACCGGGUGAUAGUCUGAUCCAUUCUAGGGUUGCAUUCGAAUGUUAUCCAAAGGAUUUCAUUUGAAAGGUGGAUAGAGCAGGUCUAUUAAACUGUGGUGUUUUAUUGUGGGUGGCCUCUUAAUUCACGACUCCUUUUUCUUCUAUCGAGCAUAUCUCGGUGAACUACUAUUUGGCGGAUUAGGAGAAUGGUUGCCGGUGGUGGGGGAAGGUACUGAACUAAUGACUGGGAAGAGGUAACAAACUACUAGUGAGAAGUGAAUGACUGGGGACCUGGAUUUUGAAAGAUCAUUGAGAUUUUGUGGAGAGCUGUAGAGCAGGUGGUUCUGGAAGAGGACAACCGGAGGCUCUGCUGGAGACCUGUUCGGUACAGCUGGCGGUUCCAUACUUCAGUUCUUGCUAAAUGCAACGCCCCUUGUGGAGACGGUGAAGCCCAGAGGAGGAGGAGGAUGGAUAGGCGUUAAAGAAGCAUGGUUUCCACUGGGAUCAGCAGCCCCGUAAAAGGCUUUCUCCUGCUAGCUGUGUCACUGGGACUGGCAGGAAGGACUACAGAAUUGUGGUUCACUGGUCAUGGUUACAACCUGACUAUCUCUCAGGGCCAUGGAGCGAAGCUGAAUUGUAGCUUGGAGGGAAUGGAGGAACCAGAGAUUGUAUGGCUAAAGGAUGGUGUUGUCGUGCAGAGUGCUGAUCAGAUGUACAUUCCAAUAGAUGAAGAUCACUGGAUCAGUUUCCUAAGCUUGAAAAACGUUGAGCGACCUGAUGCCGGGAGGUAUUGGUGUGAGGCAGAGGACAAUGGAAAGAAGGCAGUGUCUAGUGACAUUUGGAUUAUGGUGGAAGGUGUCCCUUAUUUUAUCUUGGAACCAAAGGAUUUGGCUGUAUUUCCAAACGCAUCAUUUAAUAUGUCUUGUGCAGCUGUUGGACCACCAGAGCCGCUGGCUAUCAUAUGGUGGAUGGGAGAGCCGCCAGUUUCUAGGAAAUCUGACCAUUCUCCCUCAGUUUUAAUAGUACCAGGUAUUCAUCAAGAUACAGCUUUCUCGUGUGAAGCUCACAAUGAAAAGGGCGUUUCCUCAUCUAGGACUGCCAUAGUAAAAAUCAAAGGGUUGCCUUAUAUGCCAUACAACUUUACUAUACAACAGGUAACCAGUAAUUCAGCCACAGUCUCGUGGAAUCCAGGGUUUGACAAUUAUUCCCCGGUUUAUUCUUGUACAGUACAGGUAUCAUAUGAUGCCACAGCUUACUCUCAACUCGUCUCAGUCCCGCCAUUUACCACCAUUGUGAACGAUCUUCAGCCGUUGACCAAUCACAGUAUCCGUGUGCAAUGUGCCAAUGAAAUGGGAGCUUCAUCGUUCACUGACUGGCUAUCAUUUCAGACACUGGAGUCAUUGCCACAACUCUCUCCACAAAAUGUCCACAUAGUCAGGACAGAGUCUGGUUUGGUGCUGGAAUGGGAAGAAGUUGCACCAGAAUUAGAAAACUACAGCCUGCUUGGUUACAAGGUGCAGUGGGAACAGGAAAAUAUAACACAAGGAGAAUUGUUUGUGCAAAGAAAUCAAGUUAAUGUCACCUCUUGGGAUCCACGGAAAGAUUUAACUCUGAGAGUCUGUGUAACAAAUUCUGCUGGUUGUGGACCUUGGAGCGAUUUCCUGUUGGAAGCUUCCACAGAAGAAGCUGGUAAGCAAAGACAAACUCACACAAGAAUGUCCUGGGUCCCGAUGGUUUUGGGCAUCCUUACUGCUUUAGUUACAGUUGUGGCCAUGACACUCAUCUUUCUUAGAAAAAGAAGAAAAGAAACUCGCUUUGGAAACAUGUUUGGCUCUGUUUUGGGUAGAGGAGGACCAGUUAUCCAGUUCACAGCUGCUCGGUCUUUUAACAGAAGAGGCACAGAGUUAAUGGAAGCAACAUUGGACAGCAUCGGGAUUAGUGGUGAGCUGAAAUUCAAACUUAAAGAUGUACUCAUUCAACAGCAGCAGUUCACCCUUGGGCGUACUUUGGGAAAAGGAGAGUUUGGCUCUGUGCGGGAAGCUCAGCUGAAGCUGGAAGAUGGUUCCCUUCAAAAAGUCGCUGUAAAGAUGCUAAAGACUGAGAUUUUCUGCUCCAGUGAUAUUGAAGAAUUCUUGCGAGAAGCAGCAUUCAUGAAGGAAUUUGACCAUCUAAAUGUCUGCAAAUUAAUAGGAGUGAGUUUGAGGAGUCGUACCAAGGGGAGGCUUCCUGUUCCCAUGGUUAUUCUCCCAUUCAUGAAGCAUGGGGAUCUCCACACUUUCCUGCUGAUGUCCCGCAUUGGAGAAGAGCCUAUUACCCUACCUGUUCAAACACUAGUCAAGUUUAUGCUUGACAUCUGCAGUGGCAUGGAGUACCUGAGCUCAAAGAACUUUAUACACAGAGACCUUGCUACCCGCAACUGCAUGCUAAACGAGGACAUGACUGUAUGUGUAGCAGAUUUUGGUCUUUCUAAAAAAAUCUACAGUGGGGAUUACUACCGCCAAGGCUGUGCCUCAAAACUACCAGUAAAGUGGCUAGCAUUGGAGAGCCUCGCAGAUAACAUUUAUACUACGCAUAGCGAUGUGUGGGCAUUUGGUGUCACUUUGUGGGAAAUAACAACACUGGGACAGACUCCGUAUGCUGGCAUUGAGAAUUCUGAAAUUUACAGCUACCUCAUUGCUGGGAACAGAUUGAAGCAGUCACCUGACUGCCUGGAUGAACUCUAUGAAGUGAUGUGCCAGUGCUGGAUUACUGAGCCGAAACGGAGGCCCUGCUUCACAGAUCUCAGAAGGCGGCUAGAAACAAUAUGGGGUCGGCUAUCUGUACUCUCAGCCAGUCAGGAUCCCCUCUACGUAAACCUCGAGGAGACUUGUGGAGCUUCUGCAGGAGCAUCCAUUCUGCAUUCUGGUUUUGGAGAUGAGAGCGAUUGUUGCCCAGAGCCUUCACAGACAUGUGGUGCUACUGCCAUCAGUGGUGAUUAUCGCUAUAUUGUGAACCCUGGGUGCCUUAGAGAAGCAAACGAUUGGCCUCAACCUACACAAAAUGGUGAAGCACAAGGACUUCUUAUUGAAGAGGAGGGUGAGGAAGAAGAAAUGCAGGAAGAUCAUGUAGUCAUUAACUUUUAGAAUUAAUUUUCAGGUUGUGGCUUUUUGACACUAAAUAUUAAAACCAGAUAAGAGUUCUUGGAAAGUGACCAAUUCUGCUACAUUGGUCUAGAUUCUAAAAUCUAAUAAUUUAAUUGUUACUUUUUUGUGGAAUCUCCUUAUCUUUAUUGACCCACUACCUCCUAUGAAAUCUCUGGCAAGAUACUUCAGCAGUAAGAUGUAAUUAUAAGCUUUGCAGUUACAUUU